AUGGCUCUUCAGAUCCUCGUCAACGCUGGCCUGCUGGCCCUCCCAAUUGCUGGCUCUGUUGGAACUCUUUUGGGGAUUGACGCUCACCGUCAAGCAACAGGACAACGGCCUCUAUUCGCCGGUGAUAUUAGUAAUGAUGGAAGUACCUCUCGCAAUGGUAUCACGAACACACGCUACUGUGACUUAUUUAAUCCUAUUUCACCGACGUCAAAGGGCCAGCUGUAUACAUUGAACCCCAACCAGUGGGGCGUGACACCAGAUACAACAGGCGGAUUAUGCAUGAAUAUCACCACAAUCGCCAAUGGCUCCUACCCGACCAAUGCAUCAGCACCAGAGUUUUCAGUGACAUGGCAAUUCGACCAGGAAACAAAGGACCAGGUCGUGCAUGCAUUCCCGAACGUUCAGGUUGACAAUGUCCUUCCAGCUUUACUUGCGGACGUCCAGCACCUGAACAUCGAUAUCCAUUGGACAUAUGGCAUGGGCAAUAAGACCGUGAACAUCACGGAUGACGCGAAGCUCAAGGACGUCAAUACCAACGUCGCUCUUGAUAUGUUCUUUGAUACCGACAUGAAGACCGCGAAGAACGUUUCCCUGGCCAAGUACGAAAUGAUGAUCUGGUUUGCGGGUUAUGGUAAAGCCAAACCCUUCGGGUAUGAAGAUGGUAUUGUGAAAACUAAAGACCUAUAUGGCACGACAUUCCAACUGUAUACUGGUCAGAACGAUCUUAAACAGGAGGUCCUGACGUGGUACGCGGCAAACACUACGGAGAAGUUCAACGGGGAUAUUCUCCCUCUUGUCUCGGACCUGUACACCCUCGGGAAAGGUGUCGACUUAUCCGAGAAGGAUUAUCUGGGAGUUCUGAGUUUGGGUACUGAAGCGUUCUCGUCGCAUUCGAACGUUACUUUCUGGAUGCCAAGGUUAUCCAUUGAUAUCCAGACUUGA